CAAUUUGAAAGAAAAACUAAGAGGACACAAAAUGCUACUCAUAAUCUCUUCAAUCUUUCUCAUCCUUUUUCUGCUAAUAAAAUGGUAUUUCAAUUCUACAAAAACCAAAAACUCGCCACCUUCUCCUCCCAAAUUUCCUAUAAUAGGAAAUCUCCAUCAACUUGGUCUAUUUCCUCACCGCACACUUCAAUCUCUAGCUAAAGAAUAUGGCCCUUUAAUGCAACUCCAUCUUGGGAGUGUACCAGUUCUUGUAAUCUCAUCACCUGAAGGAGCAAGUGAGAUAAUGAAAACUCAUGAUCGUGUUUUUGCAAACAGACCUCAAACUAAACUUUACGAUAUACUUUUAUAUGAUUGCAAAGAUGUUUCAACAGCUCCAUAUGGAGAAUAUUGGAGACAGAUAAGAAGCAUUUCAGUUUUACAUCUUCUCAGUGCUAAAAGAGUUCAAUCUCUUAGCACUGUGAGAGAGGAAGAAAUUGGUUUAAUGAUGGAGAAAAUAAACCAUUGUUGUUCCACAUCUUUACCCGUGAAUAUAAGUGAUUUACUCUCCACAACUAUCAAUGAUAUAGUUUGUAGGGUUGCUUUGGGGAGAAAGUAUAGUGGUGAAAGUGGGAAGGGAUUUAAAAAGUUAUUAUUGGAUUUUACUGAGUUACUUGGUACUUUUGUUGUUGGUGACUAUGUUCCUUGGCUUGAUUGGAUGACCAAUGUUUCUGGAUUUUAUGCAAGAGCAAAAAAAGUUGCUAAACAGUUUGAUGAUCUUUUGGAGGAUGUAGUUGAAGAUCAUAUCAAUCGUCGGAAAGGAGCUAGUGAUGAGCAAGUUUGUUUAGACACUGAAGACCAAGGAGGUGACUUUGUUGAUGUUUUGCUUUGGAUCCAAAGGACAGAAUCCCUAGGUUUUCCUAUUGACAAAACAGUCAUUAAGGCCCUGUUAUUGGACAUGUUUUCUGCAGGUACUGACACUAUAUCCACCUUGCUAGAGUGGUCAAUGACAGAACUCUUAAGACAUCCAAAUAUCAUGAAGAAAUUGCAAGAAGAAGUAAGGAGUGUAGCUGGCAAUAGAACACACAUAACUGAAGAUGAUUUGGGUAACAUGAAAUACUUACAAGCAGUGGUUAAAGAAACAUUACGGUUACAUCCUCCAAUCCCCCUACUAGUUCCAAGAGAAAAUAGACAAGAUAUCACCGUAAAGGGUUACCACAUCAAAGCUGGCACACGAGUAAUUAUCAAUGCUUGGGCCAUUGCAAGAGAUCCCGCAUAUUGGGAUCAACCUGAAGAGUUCAAACCUGAGAGAUUCUUGAAUAGUUCAAUAGAUAUUAAAGGGAAUGAUUUCCAUUUGAUUCCAUUUGGAGCAGGGAGAAGGGGUUGUCCUGGGAUAGUUUAUGCUAUGGUUGCCAAUGAACUUGUGUUAGCCAACCUUGUACAUCAAUUUAAUUGGGAAUUACCUGGAUUGGAAACCUUGGACAUGUCUGAAACAUUUGGUUUAACCAUGCAUAGAAAGACUCCUCUUUUGGCAGUUGCAACCCUUAAGAAUAAGUAAAAGAGGUGGUGGGAUCACAAUUUGGCUUUUUGGAAAAAUGUUUAAUAUAUUUGGUAAUCUUAGGGAUACAUCCUUUUGGUUGUAUUUGUGGAUGAGGUUUUGUUGUGUUAGAGUUUUAGUAUAAUUUCUAGCUUUUGUGGCUAAUAAACAUUUGGGAAAUGAUAUUUGUACAACCAUUUUUGUACAACUUUUGUACAACUAUAUUUGGGAAAUGAUAUUUGCAUUAUCUUCUUA